CUUCAGAAAUCAAACUUUAAUUAGUUACGAUCAUUUCGUACAAUCUAUCCAAUCGACUCACUAAGGAAAACUGAAAUAUUAACAAAAUGAGAUUCGUUAUUUUCAUUUUGAUUGCUAUGAUCAUAGCUGCUUGCCAAGCUGGCAGCCAAGCUGGACAAGGUUGUGGCUCUGUCAGUCAGUCAUGUAUGUAUAGUCCUUGCUGUGAUGGUUUGGAAUGUGUGCCACAUGCCCACGUUUGCGUGGAACCAAAAGGUCCGUAUGGGACCGUAUUUCACCCUGGAAGCGCAGAUGAAUUUCAACCCGGAAACGCAGAACAAAAGUGUGUCUCUUUGCGUCAGCGUUGUAGACGUGAUAGUGAUUGCUGUCGUUAUAUGGAAUGUGUGAGACAUGCUAAUGUUUGUACAUACCUACCACCUCCAUAUGGAGAAGACAACAGGCCUCUUGACCCUCAUUCUGAACCGCCGAAAACACCAUACUAAUAUGGUUUGAUGCUUUCUUAUAUCUUUGACCACGUCUUUUCAUCUGACCACAUCUGAUACUUUUUUUCUUUCAAAUAUAAUAUAUAAAGACAAAGAUAAUUUCUGUACUAUAUGUAAUUUUAAAUAAAAACAUUCUAUAGCUAGUAA